AUGAAGGAAGAGGAAGACUGGAGAUCUCAAACUGUGUCAAAGAACCAGAAUACAGUUACUCUGACUGAUCUCAGACCAGAUACUGAAUGGAAAUCCUGCUUGAUACGUCUGCAAACAAGUUCAGACAAUUUGAAUCAAUCUGAGUUAUGUAGAAAAAUGACAUCUGGAGAGAGAGAGACAAACAAACCCCAUAAAAUCAUUCUGAUGGUGGGAGAAACAGGAACAGGAAAAACAACCCUGAUCAAUGUGAUGAUCAACUACAUGUUGGGUGUUCAGAGAGAAGACAAGGUUUGGUUUGAGAUCACAGAUGAUCAGAAAAAACAGUCUACAGGUCACAGUCAGACCUCCAUCAUCACUGUUUAUGAGUUUUAUCUACAAGAAAGUCCAAUCCAUUUAACAAUCAUCGACACUCCAGGAUAUGGAGACACUCAGAGUAUUGAAGUGGAUAAAGAGAUCGCUGAGAGUUUGUUCAGUUUAAGUGAAUCUGCAGAAGGGAUUCAUAGAAUAGAUACAGUUUGUCUGGUGAUUAAUGCAAUCCAUAACCGACUCUCUGACAGACUCAUAUACAUAUUUGAUUCUGUUCAGUCUUUAUUUGGAAGAGAUAUUGCUGAAAACAUUGUCCUGCUCUUCACACACUCAUCUGGAGCUAUCCCUAAAAAUGCCCUGAUGGCUGUUGAAAAGAAUAAAAUCAAGUGUGCAGUGAAUGAUGAGAAUCAGCCAGUGUUUUUCCUGUUUGACAACUGUCAGUCAGACACUGAUGAUGAAGAAUAUCAGAUGAUCCAAGAGCAUUCAUGGAAUCUCAGUUUUAGAGGAAUGGCAGGAUUGUUCAGUUUUUUUAACAACAUAAAACCAAAAACCCUUAAGAUGACUCAAGAUGUGUUACAGAAUCGGAAGAAGUUGGAAGCAAAUAUCUCUAAUUUACAAUCACAUGUUCAAAAGAUGGAACUAAAACGAAAUGAGUUUAAAAAAUCUCAAGGUGCUCUGGAGAAGAACAAGCAAUAUGUCAAGAACAAUAAGAACUUUGAGUAUGAAGUUGAAGUGUCCUACAAAGAGAAGGUUGAUAUUGAUCCUUCUGUAGCCAGUGUGGCGAUGUGCUGCACCGUCUGUAAGGAGAACUGUCAUUAUCCAGGAUGCUGGUGGGUCAGUGGUCUCUCGUGGUGCAGCAUGAUGAGAAAUAAUCACUGUACAAUGUGCACAAAUAAAUGCCACUACAGCAAACAUGUCAAAGGAACAAAUAUAUAUGUAAAAAAGACAAAGAAGGAGAAGAGGACAAAUGAAGAAUUAAAGAAGAAAUAUAAUGAUCAGAUUAGGAACGAUGAGUCUUUGGACAAGAAGCUGGAAGAAGAUCUGCAAAAAUUAGAGAAAGAGAAAAUGAAGCUGGUGUAUGAAGCUUUUCACUGUGUGGAAACUCUCCAGAUGAUCGCUCUCAACACUGAUUCUCUGUUCACACUUCUGCACAUUGAUUUCCUGAUUGAGAAGCUGAAGGAAAUAUAUGAGCCUGAAAAGGUGAAAACACUGGAAGACAUGAAGAAGAGAGCAGGAGAAGAAAAACACAGAGUUCUGGGAUUCAUAAAAAGAAUUCAGUAAUUUUAGAAGUGACUUAAAAUUGUGGUCACACAUUAAGUUUUGCUUGUGAAAAGCAUGUCUGUGCUGGUUCUGAACCUUAAUGAGCAGCUUGCUCGCUAUUGGCGGGUAUAACACGAUGACGAUAGAGAA